ACAUUACAAAGCUUCCUUUAACCUCUCUUGCCUCGCAAGCAAGGAAGAUCAAAAGCUCCGAGUGGUGGCAGUAGCAGUUUAGCAGGAAAGAAAUGGCACCCGAACCCGAAGAAGAGAUCAACGAGAAGAAUCCUCGACCCCUUGACGAAGAUGAUAUCGCCCUUCUCAAAACUUACGGUCUGGGGCCUUACUCUACUAGCAUAAAGAAAGCGGAGAAGGAAAUCAAGGAAAUGGCCAAGAAAGUAAAUGAUUUAUGUGGUAUUAAGGAGUCUGAUACUGGUUUAGCGGCACCCAGUCAGUGGGAUCUUGUUUCUGAUAAGCAGAUGAUGCAGGAGGAGCAGCCUUUACAGGUUGCAAGAUGCACAAAGAUAAUUAAUCCAAAUACUGAAGAUGCGAAGUAUGUCAUAAAUGUCAAGCAAAUUGCAAAAUUUGUUGUUGGGCUCGGAGACAAAGUUUCCCCAACUGACAUUGAAGAAGGAAUGCGUGUUGGGGUGGAUAGAAAUAAAUAUCAGAUUCAGAUUCCAUUGCCUCCAAAGAUUGAUCCAAGUGUAACCAUGAUGACAGUAGAAGAGAAGCCUGAUGUUACAUAUAAUGAUGUUGGUGGAUGCAAGGAGCAGAUUGAAAAGAUGCGAGAAGUUGUUGAACUGCCCAUGCUUCAUCCAGAGAAGUUUGUGAAGCUUGGAAUUGAUCCUCCCAAGGGUGUUCUCUGUUAUGGUCCUCCUGGAACUGGCAAAACACUCCUAGCUAGAGCUGUAGCCAAUAGAACUGAUGCUUGUUUUAUUCGUGUUAUUGGAAGUGAGCUUGUUCAGAAAUAUGUGGGUGAGGGUGCUCGCAUGGUUCGGGAGCUUUUUCAGAUGGCACGUUCAAAAAAGGCUUGCAUCGUCUUUUUUGAUGAAGUAGAUGCCAUUGGUGGUGCACGUUUUGAUGAUGGUGUGGGUGGAGACAAUGAGGUUCAGCGAACCAUGCUUGAAAUUGUUAACCAGCUGGAUGGUUUUGAUGCUCGAGGAAACAUUAAAGUUUUGAUGGCAACAAAUAGACCUGACACACUGGAUCCAGCGUUGUUACGUCCGGGGCGGCUAGAUCGUAAGGUUGAAUUCGGGUUACCUGAUUUAGAGAGCAGAACACAAAUAUUUAAGAUCCACACACGAACAAUGAACUGUGAAAGAGACAUACGGUUUGAGCUUUUGGCUCGACUUUGCCCCAACUCCACCGGGGCUGACAUAAGGAGCGUGUGCACAGAGGCUGGGAUGUUUGCUAUCAGGGCACGAAGGAAGACAGUGACUGAGAAAGAUUUCCUUGAUGCAGUUAAUAAGGUCAUCAAAGGCUACCAAAAGUUCAGUGCGACACCCAAGUACAUGGUCUACAAUUGAGAUGCUGUCUUGUACUCAAAUGGAAACAAACUUGAUGAUCUGUUGUUCCAGUAGGGUCACUUUCAUUCUCUGCCUUCUGUGGUGGCUUUUCCUGGUUGUUGUUGGAAGCUGCCGGAUGAUGAUAUAUUUGUUAAUCAGUUUUUUUUUUUUUUUUACCGACUGUAUUUUACUGCAAAUGAAAUGUCCAUGAUUGCUGUA